UCUCUGUUGCCUGUUUCCUCACCAAGAAAUCCAAAAGAAAAAAAAAGCUAGACAUGGCAAAAUACACAGCCUUCGUUGCCCUCCUCUUAUGCCUUCUCCUUGUCGCUGCCACAGAAAUGCAAAUGGCAGAAGGAAAAUACUGCUGGAAGAAAAGUCACAAGUGGCAUGGACCUUGCCACUAUUCUUACAAAUGUAGCCAGCAUUGCAAACACUGGUUUGGAGCUGAAUAUGGUAUUUGUAAGAAAUAUCAAUGGGGACACAAACAUCAUCACUGGGCAAAAUAUGCUUGCUACUGCUACUCCCCUUGCCAUUAAUCAUGAGGAAUUUCAGAUAUAUUAUAAAUAAGAAGCUAUCUAUUUGUGAAGGCAGAGUACUAUAAACUGCAUACAUCAAGAAGCUCUGUGUGUGUGUGUUCUAACAAUGUAAUAAGUUAUGUAGAGGCUCUAGCAUGACUUUUUUGGGUCGAGCUUUGCCUGAUCAAAUUUGCUGCUUAAUUUCGUUUGAUUGUAUGUUUCUAUAUUAUUGGUGUUAAUAUGUUAUUAUUCGAAAAAUUA